UUUCCAAACCUUCAUCCACUCACAAAAGCAAGACUUGAAACAUCACCAAAAGGCAAUAAUAACACACACCAAAGCCAAGAAAAUAUAAAUAAAAAAAAAAUGGCCAACAAAAUGAUUGCAUUGUUCUUGAUGUGCAUUGUUGUGGUAGCUGCUUUGCAAUUUGCCAAUGCCAAUAAAGAGGAUGUAGCCAAAUAUGAGGCCAAGUUCGAUGCCAAGUACAAGUCUUGCUUUGAAACUUGUGAGAAGGAAUGCCUUAGGUACGGCAGUGGUCAAAGCUAUUGUGAAGUUAAAUGUGACGAGGAUUGUGAUGAAAAAGAAGCUGCUGAUAAGCUCCACAUUGAAUUGCAUUGAAUGAUGAGGAACAAAAGGAAAGAAGAUCUCUCUUGAGAAGGAAGGAUCUAACAAUACUAUAUCAAAAUCAAACUUGUGAUGUGAUUUUAAGUAUUAAAAUUCAUAAAGUUCUUGGCCUUUGGUGUUAUCAAUAUAUAUGUACCGAUCAUUUUAUCAUUGGUGAUCGAGCCUUAUUUUUAUUCCAAAAACAAAAUAUAUUUAUAAUUGUGUUCA